UAUUUUCGCAGCGCUUUAUUUUUAAAAAGUUCUACGUGAUUAAAAAAAUAGGCGUUUGUUAAAAUCUUCAACGAUAUAAUACACUCUCCAACCAAAACUGUUCAGACUUGAGUUUCCGCAACACUUGCUUUGUACUCUCACAACCGCACAAAAUGCCCGUAAAAAAUGGCGAAUCGGAUGCAGAGGGCGACGUCUCUGGGGCCGAGUCAGAGCACUCGAAUUCCAGCCAGGCACAUGACACUUCCGACGAGGAGGAGGCCAAUGAAUGCGAUUCCGAUGACUCCUCGGAAAUGGACGCCUCCGAAAUCGAGCGACGGCGUUCCGAAUUCAUCGAAGAUUUGGCAUGCUUGGAACGGCAAUUUGGCCAUUUGCGUGAGCAAUAUUAUUGCGAACGCAUAAAUCUCAUUGAGCGCCAGUUGGCUGAAGUGCAUUCUGGGGCGUCUGAGGAGUUUGUGCAGCCACAAAAAGAAGUAGACAAAGUCUAUCGCACUCGCAUUGAAGUCGCAGAUGUACUGCGGAAAUUUCGCUUGCAGAACAUCGAACACAAAUACCUUUCUGAAGAGCAGGCAGCAUCACAGCACUUUGAGAGCGAAAAGCGAAUGGCUAUGGACAAUUUACGCGAGGAUCUGAUAGAACGUAUUCGCCGUCUCGAAGAAGAUCGCCAUAAUGUGGAUAUUUCUUGGGCCGACUGGGGAACUGACAAACGACAGAGCAAAGUACGGGGUCCGGGUCGCAAGAAGGCGGUCACCGUUACCGGACCGUAUGUUGUGUAUAUGCUGCGUGAAGAGGACAUUAUGGAGGACUGGACGAUCAUACGAAAGGCACUCAAGCGGUCAUCAACGGCUGCGGCGACGGCAGGCGGCGCAACGGCCACAGCUGGAGGCGUAUCCGGUCUGGUAGGAUUGGGCAUGCCGCCGACAGCUGUGGCCGGCGCAAGUGGAUAA